AGAGAAGUCUUCACUGACGAGCUGCUGUUGUCUGUCGGGCUUCAACAACAUCUGUUAUCUGCCACGUCUCUGAAGCACAAUGUCAGUGAAGUUCUCUGGCUGGGAGGUGGUUGAUGAUGGUGCUUCUUUUGCUGGUGUGGAGUUGGGGGCGUCACAGACACCCCAAAACAGGGGUGUCUACAGUAUGUACCAUGGCACCAGUAUUGCCAGUGCAAGGCUCAUCAUUGCCAGUGGUUUUAAACCGUCAACAGGCGGCAUGCUGGGAAAGGGCGUGUAUGUCAGUCGUGAUAAGAAAAAGGCGUCAAAUUAUCCAUUAAGAAGUAAUCCUUCAGACCGGGUGGUCUUUGAGGUACGUGUGCGUGUUGGCCGUGUCAAGCGUAUCGACAAGGACAACCAUCCAAUGCAGCACAACUGGAACUCGCAUGGCUAUGACACUGCCUGGGUGCCCCCCAAGUGUGGCAUGUUGUCUGUGCCCAGCGGCCUAGAAGAGGAUUGUGUGUUUGACCCCAAAAGAGUGAAGGUGACAGGCAUUGCAAACGCACCAAACGCCACCAUCCAGGCAGAGCUUCAACAACUCCUUGCAAAAAGUUCCAAAAAACACAGGAGAGGAAGCGGUGCUGCAGUGGAUGUGUGUUCACUGUGUAAGAGAAAGACCCAGCAGGGCUCUACACACACCAAGCAAAAAUGCUGGAGCUGUGGGCAAAACAUCUGUAUUCUCAUGUCCAAGCAUUUCUGUUCCCUAUCGAUGUCAGUGCAGUUCUAUGGCUGGGAGGUGACCUAUGACGAUGACUCUCCUCUUGUGGAGCUGGGAGCCUCUCAAGAGCCCAAAGACCGGGGUGUAUACACUAUGUACCAUGGCACCAGUGUGGCCAACGCACGGCUCAUAAUUGCCCGAGGCUUUCAACAGUCAUCAGGAGGCAUGCUGGGGAAGGGCGUGUAUGUCAGUCGAGAUAAGAAAAAGGCAGACCGUUAUCCUUUAAAGAAUCCCCCUUCUGACCGUGUGAGCCUUGAGUUGCAUGUGUGUGUUGGCCGUGUCAAGCGUAUUGACCAGGACAACCAUCCAAUGCAGUACACCUGGAGCUCGCAGGGCUAUGACACUGCUUGGGUGCCCCCCAACUGUGGCAUGAAAGCUGUGCCCAGCGGUCUAGAAGAGGAUUGUGUGUUUGACCCUAAAAGAGUGAAGGUGGUAGGCAUCGCAAGGGCACCAGACAACGUACUGAAAGAGCUUCAACAGCUUGUAGCUAAUAGUCUCAAAAAUCUCACUGAAGGAGAUGGGGGUGCAGCAUCGCAUGGUGGUGGUGGUGCUGUGGAUGUGUGCUCACUGUGCAACAGAAAGACCCAGCAGGGUUCCCCACACAUCAAGCAAUCGUGCUGGGGCUGUGGGCAAAACAUCUGCACUCUCAUGACCAGGCACGUCUGUCGAGUUAACUACUGAGACGGAGUGAGGACUUUGAAAAAAG